AUGGCGCCACAAAGCGUCAAGGCAUCCGUGCUUCAUGGAGCCAAGGAUCUUCGAACUGAAAGUCGCGAGCUCCCAGCCCCGGCCAGCGGUGAAGUCCAGAUUGCGGUUCAAUCCACCGGACUCUGCGGCUCCGAUUUGCACUACUUUAACCACUACAGAAACGGCGACAUUGUUGUUCGCGAACCCCUAACGCUGGGCCACGAAUCUAGCGGAACCGUGGUCUCUGUAGGCUCGGGAGUCGCCAACCUGGCGCCGGGCGACCGGGUUGCCCUGGAGGUCGGUCUGCCAUGCGAGAAGUGCGAGCACUGCGACGCCGGCCGGUACAACAUUUGCAAAGGAAUGAAGUUUCGCAGCUCGGCCAAGGCGUAUCCCCAUGCCCAAGGCACGCUGCAGGAGCGAGUCAACCACCCCGCGAGGUGGUGCCACAAACUGCCUGACGGGCUCUCUCUCGAUCUCGGCGCGGUCGUCGAGCCCCUCUCCGUUGCCAUGCAUGCCCGCCGUCGGGCCAGCCUCCCAGAGGGCUCGACGGUGCUCGUCUUUGGCGCCGGUGCCGUCGGUCUCCUGACUGCAGCGGUGAGCAAGGCGGCCAACGCGGCAGCCGUGGUGAUUGCCGACAUUCAGCAGGACCGAGUGGACUUUGCCGUUGCCAACGGGUACGCCGACGCAGGAUACGUCGUGCCGAUGGCCCGCCCGCAAACCACGGAGGAGAAGCUCGCCUAUUCGCGCGAGGUGGCUGCCGAGAUCAAGCAAGUCCACGUCCAUGGCGCGCCAGUGGGCGAGGUGUCAGCCGUAUACGAGUGCACCGGCGUUGAAACAUGCACCCAGGCCUCCAUCUACGCCGCCAAGCCCGGCGGCAAGGUCAUGAUUAUCGGCAUGGGCAACCCCAUCCUUACUCUGCCCAUGUCCGCAGCGGCUCUCCGCGAGGUCGACCUUGUCGGAGUCUUCCGUUAUGCCGAUACCUAUUCCAAGGCCAUUGAGCUGCUAUCGAACCGCCCCGCGAACAUGCCUGACUUGUCGACACUGGUGACGCACCGAUUCAGGGGAAUGGAUCGGAUAAAGGACGCAUUUGCCAUGGCGGGGAGGGUGAAGGAUGAUGAGGGGCGACUAGUGCUCAAGGUGGUGGUGGACAUGAAGGAAGAUGAGGCGUCGAGCUGA